GGCUCCUCCCAGUCCUACAAAGCAUGCGCAAGAUCUAAAUACACACCCUAUUUCCUGGCAAGGGGCUAUGGACAAGUCAAGGUAAUGGCUGCAGAGAGUAUUGAAGUAUUUGUCCCUCUGAAUAGUCAACAUGCUGGAGAUGAUAAUCAAGGCCGGCUUGACAUCAAAGAGACGGGCAUGAACCAAUUUUCUGAUGCUGAAGAAUCAACCGACUAUGCAGAUGAUCCAUAUACAUUUCUCUCUGAAGACGUUUGGUCGAAAAGGAAGAGUCUGAGAAAGAGCAAAGUUAAGCUGACCAACACAAAGGAGAUAGCUGGGUAUAUACAGCGUGCUGGGAAUAAUGACAAGGCUCUGCUCAAUGUGAUAUUGGAGACAGACUCUGCAAAAUUCCCUGAGGCUAGAAUUGGCCUGUAUGUGACUGAGCUGAUUCAGAAAGGUGCGAAGGUUAUGGCCACUGAUGAGGAUGGCGACACACCCCUCCAUCUAGCAGCGAGGCGAGGUUUCCCUGAUGUGGCCAAAGAGCUCCUUCGUUGGGGGGCCGACCCUCACACAGAAAAUAAUGACGAGAAAGUACCACUGGAGAUAGCCAUUGUUCAAGCUCUUGGAGUACAAAGUACAAUGCAGAACUCGAUCGAUAGUGUUGAUGACUACAAUGCUUUUGCUGUACUCAUGUGUCGAGAGAUGAAGCCAGCUAAGGUGCGAACUUUGUUCUUGUCUCAAGCUGAUAAUGAACCUCGACUGAGCUUCCACGAUUUGCUGGAUAGUGAGUAUUUGCAUGAUACAGUGAGUGCUGUAAUGGACACACUGAUUGAGAGAAUACCUGGUCGCAAGCGAACGUGUACAGCAUACUAUGACCUCUUGGAGUGCAACAAAGAAGGACGGAUUGCCAGAAAUUCCACUUCUUCUCUUCGCCGAAAAUUGGGAAAGUCAGCCUUUGAAAGGAUUGCGUGGACUGGCAAUAAGGAAGCAGUGACUCAUCUGGUAGUUCGUCUAAUGAUGCAUAGCAAGUGGAGGCGUUUUGCUAGAAACUUUCUCAUUGUCCAUUUCUUCUACUGGGCCAUCACAAUGGUGGCAAUUUCGGCUGCUCUGAUCAUUGCUGCUGAAGAGCCGGAUCCUCAUCUUUAUGACCAGCCUGUGGACAUCUUCCGUGGCGUUUGUGAGGGGCUGGCCAUACUGCUUGUGACUGCGGCCUCACUCGUAGAGGUCUAUCACACUCUACCUGUAUGUUAUUGGCAUUGUAUGAACUGUACUAUGUACAAGCCGUUUUCAUGCUAACUUUUCUUUCUCAACGUGUAUAUCACUAU